CCACCUUACUAACAAGUUUGAUUCAGAGAGAACACUAAAUUAUUUAUUGGCUUAUGUCUUCUUAAGACAACCUUUUUCAUUCUCAUUAUCGAGUGACUGAAAAAGAAAUCAGGAGGUAGAUUUAUCAAAGAAGGAGAUAAUAAGGCAACAAAUUACCGGUUUUCUAGACGAUUCAUUGGAAAACGUUUCUUACGUGGGAGCUUUUUUUCUGAUAACAGCUUCCAUAAACCAGAAGCUGGUGAUUGCAAUUGGUUGAUACAUCAAACUCAUUAUCAUAUCAAUUCAGGCUCUGAGGAACGGCUGCAAAAAAUCUAUUUGCGAAACUGUCCCAAUGGCUCAUUGGCUCAAUAUCCUUGGCUGGUUACUUUCUGUCGUUACCAUUGUGGGAAAUGGAUUUGUAGUCGGUCUUCUCAUCAAAAAUCGUCAACUUCAUUCCUCAGCAAAUUGGUUUGUCCUCUCCUUAGCAGUGGCCGACUUUAUGAUCGGAUUCGCCGUCUUUCCGUUACAAUAUCUUUGUAUCGAGAGAAUAAAGUGCGACCUUAUUGUUAACAUGGCAUUUUUUUGGUUCUUCCUGCACUCGUCAGUUUCCAAUCUCUGUACGUUGACUUGGGAUCGCUAUAUCGCCAUAGUUCACCCUUACAGGUAUACUAACUUCGUAACUACAACACGUCCAGGACUGGUCAUCACAGCAGCAUGGUUGAUUCCCUUCGCAAUUUCACUGUUACUUUCGGUGGGGAUGUACGCUACAGACUCCAGAAUUGCAUGGAAAGUUCUUCGCCUGAUUGGCGUCUCUGCCUUUGACAUAAUUUCCUGCAUGCUGCUUCUUUAUGCUGUGGUUCGUAUCCUGUUUGUGGCGCGCCAAGCCCGAAUAGCUGACGCGAUUCAACUACAAGUCCAGUCUAACCAGUGCAGGGAUGUUAAAGGAACAGCGGGUAGACGCAAACGACCCAACGCAGCUCGCUUUGUAGUGGCUAUAGUCGUGUUCUUCCUAGGGUGUUAUGCACUUGUAAACUACUUCAUUUUAUGCAUCAUAUUUUCUUACAAGAUUCCGGGGAGAGCUGGUCAGAUUCUUAACGUUCUUCUCGUUUUAAAUUCCGCUGUUAACCCUGUUGUUUAUGCGUUUUUUAAAAAAGACAUUAAAACGCACAUGAAAAAGCUUUUUUGCAACUGGAAUAAGAAACGAGAGGAGCAUCGUAAGGAAGAGGUUCCCUCGCGGUAACAUUCUCCGCAUAAGUCAUUUUCAAGUGUCCAAUUAACAUUUUUUUUUGUUAGACGAGCGGUGUGUUAUCUAUCAGCGAUAUGCUUUUCCUAAAAACUUGGGUGAAAUCACUUAAGUUAAGUAUGAUGCAAUAAUUAACAAUUAUUGGCCGAAGGCGAGGUGAAUAUAUACAUCUUAUUAGAC